CUUUGUGCCGCGUCUGCUGUGUUCUUGUUCUGGCCUCGUCGUCUUCCAAUCAAUGCCAAACCCGGUAUGAACCGACACCUGCUGAGACCCGUUCCCAAGAGGCCGUCCCCACCUGGGCACGAUACACAGACAAGCACACAUAAACCCCGCCGUAGCCGCAGCGUCGCUUGAUUCCCGGCUUGACUGCCGCCCCCGCCACCGCCACCGACAUUCGACCCGGCCUGACCAGACCCAGCAGCAGCCAUGGCGCCCUCCAAGACGAGCAAGAACACGCGCCCGUCGCCCAGCACCUCCACUCGGGGGACCACAAAGCGUGCUAGCACAGCAAAUAGGAGCAUCCUCAACUUCUUCCAAAAGGUUGACCGUCCCGAAGAGUCCAUGUUCGUGGGUGGCGAUGCUGCAGCCUCGGUGGAUCAAAAGCCAGCCCGAGGGGAGGACAUCUAUGGCGCCGAGGACCCGGUCUUGGAAGCUAGAUACAACGAGACACAGGCUCCAAGCAAGAGGAGGAAACUCAGCAGUGGCGGGGAUGGAGCUGACGAUAGCCUUGUGCCAAUCGGCGCCAAAGCUGAGCCAGGGCCCAGACCGAUGCCUGCGAAGUCGUCUCCGCCGUCGAGGAAGCCGCGGAAAGGCCCGUUCUUGGAUGAUUCUGACUCCGAGCCCGAGCCCCGGCCCGACAGCGGUGGUAAAGCUACGCCAGGCCGGCCGGGCAGCCCACUGCCCACUCAACCGCCCUUGCACAAGGAGGACCACAAAUCUGCAGAUUGACCUCCCCGACCUCCCCGACCUCCCCGACCUCCGAUUCAACCCCCCGCAAGAUCGAAUCACCGAAGGUCCAAGACUCUGGCGAUCUCGAGGGCCAGAAUGAGGAAUACGGCGACGACAUAUUCGAGGGCGAGGAGUUGCGCGAGAUGCGGUUUAUCAAGGAGCAGGCUCGGAUCGAGGCCCAAGAAGCCGGGGCGCAGACCUGUGACGACGGGCUCGAGACGCUGAUGGAAGACGACGGCAUGACGGAGAGCUGUCCGAUUUGCAGUAGCAGCCUCGCGGGCGUCACGCCUGCCCAGGCCACAGUGCACGUCAACUCGUGUCUCGAUGGGUGCCCUACUCCCCUGCCAUCGGCCAGACCCGCGAAUGCGCCUUCACCCGAACCGAAGCGUAUGGGUGACGAGGUGCUGGGCGAGAGGACAGCUAGCCUGGUGUCAGCACCCGAGGUCGGCAAACGGUUCGCCCGCGCCGCGGUCGCGCGGCCUGGCCAGGUGAAUCCGAUAGAGCUCGGCGGCGAGCCAAGCAAGGAUGGCGGCAACCCUACGACCGCCUUCUCAAGGCUCAUGUCUGGUCAUGCUGAGGACACUGCCUGGGCCACUGCAGCCGCAGCCGAGAAUGCAGCCCGGGGGAAGCCUGCCUACCAGCGGACAUGCCCCUUCUACAAGAUCAUGCCGGGCUUUCACAUCUGCGUUGAUGCUUUUCGGUAUGGCGCGGUUGAUGGCUGUAGAGCGUAUUUCCUCAGCCAUUUCCACAGCGACCACUAUGUCGGCCUCACGGCCAAUUGGACACAUGGCCCCAUAUACUGCAGCAAGGUGACUGGAAACUUGGUCAAGUCUCAGCUCAGGACGGCGGAGAAGUACGUCGUGGAGUUGGAGUUUGAAAAGAAGCUCCCCAUACCGGGGACCGACGGGGCAUUUGUGACCAUGAUCCCCGCAAACCACUGUCCUGGAAGCUCCUUGUUUCUCUUUGAAAAGACUGUCCCCAGCCACAGCCCAAACGCACGCCCAAAGGAGAAGCGCGUGCAACGCAUCCUGCACUGCGGCGACUUCCGGGCGUGUCCGGCACAUAUCGAGCACCCGCAAUUGAAGCCAGAGACGAUCGAUGCGCUGGGCAAAGUCAAACAGCAAAAGAUCGACGUCUGCUACCUCGACACGACCUAUCUCAACCCGCGCUAUUCCUUUCCGCCGCAGACCGACGUUAUCCACGCAACAGCGAAUCUGUGCCUCGAGCUGGACAAGAGUCUGCGGGCAGAAGACGAAUCCGUGUGGAACAGCGUCCUGCGCCGGCGCGAGGGCCGCGGCGUGGGGAACAAUGAUACCGUCAGCCGCUUUUUCGUCACGGCGGCCGACAAGCCGCCCAUCCCGGGACCCAGACAAGGGGGCCAAACUGCCGCAGCCACCACUGCCAACACGUCCAGUUCCUCCUCUUCCUCCACACAGGCCGCCGCCGCCGGCGCCGGCCCAAACGCUUUCUCGGUACUAGGCCAGAAGGCUCGCGACAACCGCAACAGGCUUUUGGUGGUCUGCGGAACGUACAGCAUCGGCAAGGAGCGCAUCUGCAAAGCCAUUGCGCAGGCGCUGGGAACGCGCAUCUUUGCGCCACCUGCCAAGAUCCGCAUCUGCUCGCAGCUGGGCGACCCAGAGCUGGCCGCGCUCAUGACGUCCGAACCGGCCGAGGCCCAAGUCCACAUGCAGAUGCUCAUGGAGCUGCGCGCCGAGACGCUGGCCGAGUAUCUCGACGCCAACCGGCCCCACUUUGGCCGCGUCGUCGGGUUCCGCCCCAGCGGGUGGAACUACCGGCCCAGCCUCGCCAACAACAACGGCAGCGUCGGUGUUACUGGUGGUGGCUCCUCCGCGGCGCAGGUUACGGCCAACAUGCCGCCCAGCUCCGUGCCCACGGCACAUAUCCUGCACGGCCACGCUUGGCGCACGCGAUUCGGCCCGCGCGAUCUGGUGCCGCAGCAGGGCAGCUCGCGCGACGCAAUGUGCUUCGGGGUGCCCUACAGCGAGCAUUCGAGUUUCAGGGAACUGAUGCUUUUCGUCAUGUCGCUGCGCAUCGAGCGCGUUGUGCCGACGGUCAACGUCGGCAGCGAGCCGUCGCGCCGCCGCAUGCGCGGAUGGACAGACCGGUGGCUGGCCGAGAGGCGGAGGGGCGGGGUCGUAAGGCUCAUCCGAGAGGACGGCGACGGGGGCGAGGACGAGCUUGGGAGUGAUGGGGAGGCACGGCAGGGGAGGGACGGGAAGGGUCACGGGGCUGGGAAUACCGCCAUGUGGGACGGAAAGGAUGGGCGGGGAGGCGGCGUGUAUUGGUAA